AUGCGGUCGUGUCUUCUUUUUCUGAUCCCAUUCUUCCCAGGUUUUGAGGCUAACGGCGAUCUGAUUAAUAGUACUGUAAUAAGAUGGAUUGAUUUGAGUGAGGGAUUAGAUUUCAAUUUCACUUCUGAGAAUACGAUCACUGGUCUGGACUUGUUUAUUUAUGUGGAACAGACCAGAAACUACUCCGUUGUCUUCGAUUCCUUGGUAUUUUUUGAUUUGAUAUCCUGAAUAAUGUAAUUUCGUACAGGACAUGAAGUGUAAAUUCGAAAUCGACAGAAUACAAGUGGAUGUGAACAGCGACGGAGUUAUUGUGAUUAUCCGAAGCCCUGGUAGGUCAAUUGGAGAGCAGUUUUGAUAUUGUAGUAGGGGCAGGUGAAUGAUUUGAUUUCAGACCUAAAAGAAGACGUCCGACAGUCAAUACGGGGUAAUCAAGAGACCAAUAUCAUCCAUCUCCAUUGGGAUCGCGAGGGAUUACAAUUCCUCAGCUUUCCAUUAACACAAAUCAGGCUUAUGAAGUAGAGUUACUAAGUCGCAGUUUUAUAUUAUUAGGUUCAUUAUUCAUAAAUUAUUUUUUAGACAUUGUGUCCUGGAAGAUGUCAAGUCCAUAAACGGCAGUAUUACAGCUUUGAAUGUGCCGAAGGCUUUCAUUGAUUUGGUAAUCACGGAUCCAGAAAUCAUACUCUAAUUUCAGGACUAUUCGGCCAAUGAUUCGCUGAUUGCUCGAAUUCGAGAGAAGGACAAGAAAUUGGAAAGCGAUAUUGAUGCAUUGAUGUCAAGGAACAUUACGUUGGCCAUUAUUUUGUAAGUUUUUAUAAUGUCAUGAGUGGCUUAGAUACAGUGGCGAGCAAAAAAGAGGACGUUUGAUGGUUCGUCUUUCACUUUGUGGGUUGGCGGUGUGCUGGAUUACUGUUGCACGCGUAAAAAUGAUACUCCGAAAGACGAUUGUUUAUGAUCUUACAUUCGGAGGUUUAACAUGACAUUUGUUUGCACUAUUAAAGGUAAUUUACUUUCAGAUCCGCGAUCCACCUCCUCUUCUUGAUAGCCCUUGUCGUUUUGAUCGUCUUCACCCGUCUUUUGAUGAAACAUAAACUGAAAAUAAGAUGGAAAAGCAUCAGAUUGGAUGAUCUGUAUGUGGUUGUAAUGAGUGCUGCCGUGGAGGCAGGGAUCUCGGAUCUCCCCAAGUUUGAAAAGGAUGCGGUGAGAGGGCGAUUCAUCGGCUCACAAACAAUAUUAUUUUAGCCCCCAUCUCCACCCAAGAUUAUGAUUAAUGUCAGAAAAGAUUUUGAGAAGAAAAAAGACGUCGCCCCGGCCAAUCCAUCGGACAAAACAACGCCUCAAGUCACCACAGAGAAGAAAUAUAAUUGA